AAGUACAGUAGUUUCGCUGCCGUCCAGAUCAACAAGCCACUAUUUUGGAAGCAGUUUGACAAACAGAGUGUACCUGCAGUUUCCAGCGAGACGUUUUUAUCACGCGUUUAACAGCGGAAAACCAGCACAAAACCAGCCAGCCACACUGACUCUGGCAAUCGUCGGUCGAACUUUAAAGACAGCUAGCUGUUUUUUGUAUUCAUUUCGCACCAGUGUGUGUGGUAACUGUACAAGCUAACAUUUUUUUUUUUCUCCACUGGCAAUAUACGGCAGCUUGUCAUCCGCUUUAAGCCAAGUUAGAUUUUUUUUUAACAUUUUUUUGCCAAGUACAGGAGAAAUUGUAUUAUUUUUGUAUACCAAGAAAUGCUUUUUUGUUGUUGUUUUUGGUCGCCGUUUUUGUCGACGAUAAUUUAAAGAGGGUUAAAGUGUCUUAUUGUACAAGCGCUAGCUUUAACUAGCCAAGCUAACAUCAAACCCUCACUUAUUAUAAUCAAAGUGAUCGAUUAGGAUUCUAUUGUGGCUUCUUCUUUUUUUCUUUUUGAGCCGAUUGGUGCUGAAUCCAUCGCAGCAAGAGAGCCUGGUAAAGGUUUCCUCUCCCUUUUUGAGACGAUAAGCCGAGAGAGAAAGCAGCCUGUGGGGUGUCUUAAAGCACAGUCGGCGGUGUUUACCUGAACCAGGCUGCUGUACAGUCCCGGAAUCCCUCCUCGGAUUGUUAUAAUAUCGGUGUUAUUGUUGAAAAUGGCGGCGAUCGGAAUGGUGCAGAUGUUGAUCGAAGCAGCUGAGUACCUUGAUCGCAGGGAACGAGAAGCUGAACACGGCUAUGCCUCCAUGCCACCCUUCAUCAGCAGCCGAGAGAGGGAGAGCUUGAAAAGGAAAAGCAAAAGCAAGAAAAACACAAGUAGCAGGUCUACGCACAAUGAAAUGGAAAAGAACAGACGGGCGCAUCUACGGCUGUGUCUAGAGCGCUUGAAAUCCCUCGUUCCUUUGGGACCAGACGCCAACAGGCACACCACCCUCAGCCUGCUGAUGAAGGCCAAAGAUCAUAUCAAGAGGUUGGAGGAGAGCGACAGGAGAGCUCAGCACACCCUGGAGCAGCUACAACGGGAGCAGAGACACCUGAGGAGGCGUCUGGAGCCUGGCGUGGAGAGGACCCGCAUGGACAGCACCGGCUCCACCCGCUCCUCCGAGAAGUCCGACUCCGACCAGGAGUACCUGGACGUGGACGUGGAGGGGACGGACUACCUGCUGGGUGACCUGGAGUGGAGCACCAGCAGCGUGAGCGACUCAGGGGACGAGCGAGGCAGCCUGGCGCAAGCAAGCUGCAGCGACGAGGCUUACUCCAGCGCCAGCCUGCAGCGCCUGCAGGACACUCAGGAGAUGGUCAAGCAGCUGGGCUGCAGCCUAUAAACGGCACUGAUCACUGACCCCACACCCGCGCCCCCCCCACAGCCGGAUCGCCUCACCUCCUCGUUUUUUUUUUUUUGCCCCACCCCCACCCCCCUCUCCUCCCCUCCCUCCCAGGAGCUGACCGAUUGGGAGGCCUCCUGCCCGCGGGCGACUCGGAGACGCCCCCCUCCUCCAGCCCAUCGCCAGCGGUCAGUCUACCCCUCUUGCUCUGCGCCAAUCAAACGAGUGGAUUUAAGACACUGCCACCCCCCCCCCCCCACCCCCCCUCAUCCCUCAUGCCUCCGUCCCCUCAUCAGACACACAACUUUCAGCAGAGAAUGUUACCACACAAUGUCCCACUGCCUCUUUUUCUAUGCCUCAAGAGCCAUGGAAGCACUUAUGAGAUUUCACCCCCAAUUCACACACACACACACAGACACACGCAUACAUAAACACACACACACACCCCUCCAUCGCUCCUGGGUGUCCAGCGAGACGUCCCGUCAGUGACGCCGACAGGAGGCGGGCUUUUCCUCCUCUCCUCUGCCUCUCCCGGUCCGCCCUGCCUCCCGUACGACCAUCGGUGCAUGGUUCUUUGCACUUAAAAUCGCUUUUGUAAUCAAAACUGUGUCAUCUUUUUUCAACGCCGUCUCUUAGAGAGGACGCCCCCCCCCCCCCCCCCCCCCCCUCCCCCUCCUCUCCCCGCUGCCGCCACCGCAGCCACGUUACCAGACGAACGCGAGUGUUUGAGAACCCAGUGGGUCGGCGGACUCUGUGGACACUAAACCGGCGGUGAACUGUCGGGGGGCCGACAGCAAUACGUCCCUCAGCACCCGGGCUUUGACCGCCCCCGGAUGUUCCUGUCCACACUGCCAUUCUAAAAACAAACAAACAAAAAAAAAAAAAAAGAGAAAAAACCCAGAAAAACACACACAGAAAAAAAAAAAACUUGUGCAGCAUGAGAUUGUGAUGGGGUAACGGGGAGGGACGUGGUGGGUGGGUUCCAUGUUUUCUUGCCUCUCUCUCUGAUGACGGUGCGUUUUUACGACAUCCUUUUCUCAUGUGUGUGUAUGUCAGCCGCCCGCUAGCAGGUCCUGGGCUCUCCGAACACCAGCCACAGGCCCAAUGCUGGCAUGCCCUGGCAGGUGCUGGUACAUAGUCUUUGUACGCGACUCCUUCACUGCCCCGCGAUCCCAGGAAGGGACGAGCCGAUCUAGCGAGAGACACAAUUCCACGGACGUAGAGAGAGAAGGCAGGCAGGCGCGCCCCGCAGCAUCGUUUUUCGCCGGCGGUACGUUCCUGCCAAUAAUUGAUGAAGGCAGAGUCGAGCCGCCCUGACGCAGGAGGACUGGCUUGGACUUUUCGGUGGGAACUCUCAGAGAGAGAAUCUGUCUGCGCGCUCCCAUCUGAAAAGCACUAAAACAUUCAAACCACAGACAUGUUCUCUCUCCUUUGCCUUGCCUUCAUAGCUAUUUAUUGUUUCUGCGAAGAUGUACACUUAUUAAUGUAAAUAGUUUACAGAAAGAUCUAUGUCUAUCAGCAAUGUAUUUAUUAGAUAUACUAAAUAUAUAGAUGAAUAUAUCAAAAAGUCUAUUUAAUUAGUCAUAGCUUCUGUUCUUCUCGUGAGGUUUAUUGAGAGUUUCUUCUAUGUAGUUUGUUUGCACAGCCUAGUCAAUCCAUAGAUUAUCUAGAGACGUCUCUUUGUGCCUCGAGGCUUUUGUGUCUGUUGAAUUCGGCACGGUGCUCUAUAGGAAAUGAAAUGUUUUCUUUGUGGUUGAUUCUAAUUUUUAGCUGUUUUCCGAAGCCAUCUGGCCCUUUUGUUAGAAGGAGGGAUACUCGGCGCAAAAAAAAAAAAAAGAUUUAAUAACCUAUUAAAAAAAAAAAAAAGAGAAAAAGCAAGCCUGUGGUGAUCUUCAGCUCGGCGACGAUUCCCGCGGAGUCCGAAACAACAUGGCCGCCGGGGCCUCGGGGAGUUCCCCCUCUUUCCUUGAUCUGAAUGUACGAGUGUCUCCGGUCGGCCCGGCGCCGCGGGAAGCUUCCCGAGCUCCUGCAUGCACCACCCGCCAAAUAAUCCCCGUUAGAGCAUGAAGAUGGUACACCAAAAACAAAAAAACACAAAAAAAAAAACACAAGAAAAAGAAAAGCAGAAAAACAGAUCUGGGUUUGUUUCAGU